AUGGGUUUUGAGCAACAUUCACUGGUUGCUCCUUGGGUUAGGUUACAAACACUGGAAUUGAGUCACAACAUGCUGCAUGGAGAGAUUCUGAUGCCACCACCAACAACCGAGUACUUUUCUGUCUCAAACAAUAAUCUGACCGGAGGAAUUCCACCAUCCAUAUGCGACUUGUUGUCUCUCCAGUUGCUUGAUUUGUCAUUCAACAACAUUAUUGGCUCCAUUCCUCCAUGCUUGGAGAAAUUAAGCAAUUCAAGUUUGACAGUGUUGAAUCUAAGAGGCAACACUUUGCACGGAACCAUUCCCAACAUAUUCGCCAAUGGAAGUAUGCUUCAGUUUAUUGAUUUAAGUGAAAACAUACUCGAGGGGCAGGUACCAAGAUCAUUGGAGGAUUGUAAAUCACUCCGGUUCCUAGAUCUUGGAUAUAACUUUAUAGAAGACUUGUUCCCCUCCUGGUUGGGAGUACUAUUAGAGUUACAAGUAUUCAUUCUCAGGUUCAACAAAUUUCAUGGUAUUAUAAGAAUACCAAGUAAAAUCAAAGUCAACUUCCCAGCAUUGGGAAUCAUUGACCUCUCAUACAAUUCAUUUUAUGGUGAUUUGCCACAUCAGUAUUUCCUCGAGUGGUUAGCAAUGACGGAGACCAAGGCGAAUGCAAACUAUAUGGAAACAUAUGUUGAUGUGGCUGAAAUAUACAGACCUAUUUCGUUCUCGCUUCAAAUGACUAGCAAAGGUGUAAAGUUGGAAUAUGUGAAAAUUCUAAACGCAUUUUUUGCAGUUGAUUUCUCAAGUAACAUGUUUAGUGGGAAGAUUCCAGAGUCUGUUAAAACUCUCACUGGUCUUCAAUUGCUCAACCUUUCGAAUAAUGAACUUUCCGGCGUCAUCCCACCAUCCAUGGGAAAUCUUAUACGCCUUGAAGCACUGGAUCUUUCUAGUAACAAGCUCUCUGGAAUGAUACCUCAAGACUUGGUACAACUGAAUUUCCUUGCAUUCUUAAACGUUUCCAACAACAAUCUCACCGGACCCAUACCAUAA